GAUUUGUCUCGUGCGCGUGUGCGUUCACGUUUGACGGACGAGCGUGGCAAAGCAGCACGCCGUGGAUUUGUGCACCUUGGUUCAUUUUGUUUGCCUCCUCCUCUUCUUUUCUUGCGUUUUCAGCCUCGAACGCAAUGGAUUACCGCGUGUGCAUACUUUUGAUGCUCUCCAGCGUGUCCUGCGUGUGUGGCGGCCAGUUCCCCGACGCGCACAUGGUUAAAGAAUGGGUGGAUCAGAUGCAGAAAGACUUGAUCACGCUCACCGACAAGGCCAGCGGCAUGCAUAGUCUCACUCAGAUUUACGAAAAACAUAAAAAGCACUUCAGCGUGGAAACUAAUCGCAUCGAGGAACUGGUGUCCACGGCCGCCGGGAAUAUCGAAAGAUUGCUGGAAAGCCGCUCCAAAGCCCUCAAGAGGUUGGCAACAGAGGCAGAAACCCUUCAGAAAUUUCACACGUGGCAAGUCAACAGCGAGCCUGACAAAAUUGUCUACUACAACGCCAAAGACGACCUCAAUCAAACGGAGAAGAAGAACCGCUACGUUCCUGAGGACUUCCACGUGGACCCCGACUUCCAGCGUCUGGUCUCGUACAACACCACGGCCGUCCACAUCCCCACCGACAUCUACGAGGGCUCCACCAUCAUUCUGAACGAGCUCAACUGGACAGAGGCCUUGGAGGAUGUUUUCCGUAGAAACAAAGAAGAGGACCCCACGCUUCUCUGGCAGGUGUUUGGUUCUGCCACCGGAUUGGCUCGCUACUUCCCAGCUUCUCCCUGGAUCGACUCCAGCAAAUCGGCCAAUAAAAUCGACCUCUACGACGUACGCAGGCGGCCAUGGUACAUCCAGGGGGCAGCGUCGCCCAAGGACAUGCUGAUCCUGGUGGACGCGAGCGGCAGCGUGUCGGGUCUCACCCUCAAGCUUAUCCGAACCUCCGUCAGCAAGAUGCUGGAGACUCUAGCGGACGAUGACUACGUCAACGUGGUCUAUUUCAACGACAAGGCCACGUACGCCGCCUGCUUCAAGAACCUGGUGCAGGCCAACGUCCGCAACAAGCGCAUUCUCAAGGAAGCUGUGCAGGGCAUCACUGCCAAGGGGACCACUAACUACAAGGGUGGCUUCGAGCUGGCCUUCACGCAGCUCGCACAGAUGAACGUGUCCAGGGCGGACUGCAACAAGAUCAUCAUGCUCUUCACUGAUGGAGGAGAGGAGCGUGCCGAGGAGAUUUUCAAGCAAUACAACCCAAAACAAGCUGUGCGCAUAUUCACAUUCUCAGUGGGUCAACACAACUACGACAAGGGACCCAUACAGUGGAUGGCUUGUACUAACAAAGGUUACUACUAUGAGAUCCCAUCUAUUGGUGCCAUCAGGUUAAACACUCAGGAGUACCUGGAUGUGUUGGGCAGGUCCAUGGUCAAAGCAGACCACAGGGCCAAACAGGUCCAGUGGACCAACGUGUACCAGGACGCACUCGAACUUGGACUUGUCAUCACGGGUACCCUUCCUGUUUUUAAUAAGACCAACAAGGGAUCCAAGAAAACGCAGAACCAGCUCAUCUUGGGCGUCAUGGCUGUCGACGUCUCGCUGGAGGACAUCAAGAGGCUCACACCGCGCUUUACUUUCGGACCAAACGGCUACUACUUUGCCAUCGACCCCAACGGCUACGUCGUCCUCCACCCCAACCUCAAGCCACCGAGAGCAGAGUUCCACGAGCCGGUGACGUUGGACUUUUUGGACGCCGAGCUUGAGAGCGAUACUAAAGUCAAGAUAAGACGGAACAUGAUUGACGGCAUCAGGGAUACGUAUCACAUAUCUGAUCUGGUCAAAUCGCAAGAUGAGCGCUACAUUGAUUGGGGUCGGAGGACUUAUGCUUUUGCGCCAGUGAAAGGCACAGAUUACAGUCUGGCGCUGGUUCUGCCCGACUACAGCUCAUAUUACAUCCGUGCCACCAUCGGUGACACCAUCACCCAGGCAAAAUUUUCUGAAAGCCUGCUGGCUGACAAGUUUGACGAAUACGGCUACACGUUCAUCGCGCCGAGGGUCUACUGCAAGGACCUGACGCCUCCCGACAAGGACAAAAGCAACACGGAGUUCCUGAUGGAGUUCAACAACUACAUCGACACCAAGACGCCUAACAACCCGAUGUGUAAUGUGGAGCUGGUGAACCGAUUGCUCCUGGACGCUGGCAUCACUUCAGAUCUCAUCAAGAUCUGGAAGGAGAAUAAGCAGCAGCCAGGAGUCGCGGCCAGAUUUGUCGCCACGGAUGGCGGGAUCACCAGAGUCUACCCGAAAAGUGCUGGCUUAAACUGGAGGGAAGAAGCGGAGACGUACGAGUCGAGCUUCUACAAGCGCAGUUUGGACAACGAUCUGUACAUCUUCACGCCCACGCCGUACCUCAGAGACAACACGAGCGAUGACUCUGUUCUGGUGAGCAGAGCAGUCAACCUCAAGAUCGACAACAAGCUCCUCAAGCCGGCGGUGGUCGGUGUCAAGUUGGACGUCAGCACCUGGAUGGCGAGCUUUAUCAAUACCACUAUGAGGACCAACUGCACUGAUGAAAUCUGCGGCUGCCAACGCAACGAUAUGUAUGUGGAUUGCGUCCUUCUGGAUGAUGGCGGCUUCCUGGUCAUGUCCAACAGAGAUGAAUACGUCGAUCAGAUUGGCCGUUUCUUUGGAAUGAUCGACCCCAUCCUAAUGAUCAACCUGGUCAACUCGUCACUCUUCACCUCCAAGAAGUCCUUUGACUACCAGUCGCUGUGCGAUCCCGUCAAGGAGACCAAGGCGGCGGCAGGCCUGCGUUCUGUAUACGUGCCCUCAAUCGUUGAUAUUUUAAAUGUCGGCUGGUGGGCUACAGCGGCAGCCUGGUCCAUCGUGCAACAGUUGCUGGUCAGCAUCACUUUUCCAAAUUUCCUGCACGCAGCCGACAUGGAGGAGGAUACGUCCGACAUCCUGCAUAAAGAGGUGUGCAUCACGGAGCAAACGCAGUACUACUUCGGGACGAGCGACACCUCUUUCAAAGGAAUGUUGGACUGCGAAAACUGCUCCAGGCUGUAUCACGCCGAGAAACUUCCCAACACCAACCUAGUUUUCAUCAUUGCCGACACCAAACUCACCUGCACGUCCUGCGACACCAUGCCGCUGGUCCAGGAUGAACAGCAGUCCAACGGGCCCGAUCCCUGCGAGCUGGCUCAGAAUCCUCGUUAUAGGAAAGGCCCUACGUCGUGCUUCGAUAACAACGAACACGAGGAGGACGCAGACUGCGGCAGCGCGUCCGGCUUGAGUCCCUCACUGUGGCUCACCUGGACACUUCAGGUGGCGCUCCUCUGGGUCGUAGGCGGCCGCGGACAUCACGCCGUCCCGUCAUGACCUGCCCUCGCCCCACCACCGUCUCUCUACCAGCAUGCCUCCAGAACAAUGAACGAGAAGAAAUUUAUAACCCGAGAACCCUUGGACGGUCACCGCCUGAAGAGGAUUCGGAUCGAUGGCGCCGAUUUCGGAAGAGAGGUUGCCUUAUCGGAGUUUGUUGAGGAGCUUGAGUUUAAUUCAACACUGCCAGUUUUUAAUCCAGUGGUCUGCUUGUGGCUUUAAGGCAAAGAAAACAUUUGGCUUCAAACUUUUGCCAUCGGAUCCUCCCAUGCCGGAGUGCUGACAAAAUUAGUAUUUUUUUGGAUCUGGAUUCUUCUUCUUCUCCCAAAAGUGUCUCUGGAACCUGUUUACUUUGUGCUCUUCGUAAAAAACGAAUCCUCAGCCUUCUUCCGUCUGGACGUCUCGGAUCGAAAACUGCCACUAGUGCGUGUCAACCAAUUGGGGCGACUGAAAACUCUCUGGUGCCAUGUACUCUUUGUGAUUCCGAUGCUAGCUUAUUCAUUGCAAGUUUGAGAUUUCUGCACUUUGUGUGAGUACUGACACUGGAAUCCAGAUCCUAUUUUUGGGUACAUCUUUGCAGAACUAACAGGGGAUAUGAUGCAAAUGGAGCGUUUUAUUGGUUUUGAGCUUGUGGGAUUUAAAAAAAAAAGUGUUCUGCUGUUCACACUCUGUGGUUUUAUCAUGGGGUGCGCCCUAAAAACUAAAUUCUGAGCUAAAACCGCAAAGUGCGUUUUAAACCCUCUACUUACAGGCCCUUCUCAAAAAAUUAGCAGGUUGUGAUUAUGUUCAUUAUUUUCUGUAAUGUACUGAUAAACAUUAGACUUUCAUAUAUUUUAGAUUCAUUACACACAAUUGAAGAAGUUCAAGCCUUUUAUUGUUUGAAUAUUGAUGAUUUUGGCAAAAAAAGUCGAGAAAAAACAAAAAUCCCUAUCUCAAAAAAUUAGCAUAUAUCAUUCGACCAGUACGAAAAAACUUAAAUUAAUUACAUCAGCUAUGCACUCAAUACUUGGUCGGGAAUCCUUUUGCAGAAGUGACUGCUCCAAUGUGGCGUGGCAUGGAGGCAAUCAGCCUGUGGCACCGCUGAAGUGUUAUGGAGGCCCAUGAUGCUUCGAUAGCAGCCUUAAGCUCAUCCACAGUGUUGGGUCUGGUGUCGCUCAACUUCCUCUUUAAAAUAUCACACAGAUUCUCUAUGGGGUUCAAGUCACGAGAGUUGGCAGGCCAUUUGAGCACAGUAAUGCCAUGGUCAGUAAACCAUUUACCAGUGGUUUCGGCACUGUGAGCAAGUGCCAAAUCGUGUUGAAAAAUGAAAUCUUCAUCUCCAUAAAGCUUUUCAGCAGAUGGAAGCAUGAAGUGCUCCAAAAUCUCCUGAUAGCUAGCUGCAUUGACCCUGCCCUUGAUUAAACACAGUAGACCCAACACCAGCAGCUGACAUGGCAGACCAUCACUGCCUGUGGGUACGUCACACUGGACUUCAGGUAUUUUGGCAUUUCCUUUUCCCCGGUCUUCCUCCAAACUCUGGUACCUUGAUUUCCGAAUGACAUGCAAAAUUUGCUUUCAUCUGGAAAAAAAAGUACUUUGGACCACUGAGCAGCAGUCCAUAGCUGCUUCUCUGUAGCCCAGGUCAGGCGCUUCUGCCGCUGUUUCAGGUUCAAAAGUGGCUUGACCUGGGGAAUGCGGCACCUGUAGCCCACUUCCAGCACACGCCUGUGCACGGUGGCUCUUGAUGUUUCUACUCCAGACUCAGUCCACUGUUUCUGCAGGUUCCCCCAAGGUCUGGAAUCGGCCCUUCUCCACAGUCUUUCUCAGGGUGCGGUCACGUCUUCUGGUUGUGUAGCGUUUCCUGCAACACGUUUUCCUUCCCACUGAGGUGCCUUGAUACAGCACUCUGGGAACAGCCUAUUCGCUUAGAAAUUUCUUUCUGUGUCUUAGCCUCUUGCUUGAGGGUGUCAAUGAUGGCCUUCUGGACAGCAGUCAGGUCGGCAGUCUUGCCCAUGAUUGCGGUUUUGAGUAAUGAACCAUACUGGCAGUUUUUAACUCAUUUGCUCCCAAAAACAUAUAAAUAUGUUCUAUUUUUAAUUGUUUCAGUGUCCCAAAAACGUAUUUAUACGUCUUUAACGUUUUUGUUUGUUUGUUUUUUUUACAUGACGCAUCUCUAGGUUCUGUUACACCUAAACUGCAAUGCACAAUGCUCAAAACUCAUUUUAAAGCAAUAAAACUGGCCACUGGGGGGCAGUAGCGCAUUUUGUAAGAACUCAUCUCGGGCCAAAAAAGGAAGUGAAGAAAAAGUCAGGAAACGACAGUUGGAGGGAUCUUGUGAAGACGCGUGAGAAUUUGAGAAAAAUGUGGAGAACGAUCAGAAAUAAAAGGCAAAUGACACUGGAGGAGUGUUUUGAAAAGAAAACAAAACCAUCGUCCAAGAAGGUUUAAAAAAAUCUAUCUUGAUGAGCCAGACGGUGACUGCCACAACAGCGUCAGGUUCCACACGCGUUCUGCGGAGCUCACGUUGCGUUACUCCUGAGUCCGAGGUUGAAACCAACCAUGAUUAUAAAAAAAGUGAGACUGAUCUUGAUCCGGACUCAUCAGACUACUGGGAGCCACCUCAUUCAAACGGGAGCAGCCGAGAGCUUUCCCUGUUAUGUGCGCAAAUAGUUCAAUAGUUUAAUUACGUGUAAAUAAAUUGUUACUUUGUGAUCAAAAGCUCUAUUCGUCUUGUUGUUUGUUAUUUUGUAGAACGAAAACAUUAUUCAGAUGUUUGGGAUGUCACAAAAGCGAAAAAUAGCUGUGUUAAAGUCAGUUAUGUUUGAAAUGUAUGCUUUUACAAAAAAGCUCAAUUUCUGUUUUUUUUUUUUUUUUAUCAAACUGGAAAAUUGAUCAAACUAAGCUAUUUUUUUAAUGCUGAUUUCUAAAGAAUGGAAAAAGAUACGAACUUUUUGUGCUGAAAGAAAAGAGUCUAAUCUUUCUUUUGGUGGGUUCCAUGUUUAUAUAGCAAUAGAAAAGAAUUUUCUGUGGACCUUGCAAAAUCAGUCAAAAUCCAGUAAAACGGCUGGGAGCGAAGCGCCUUGCUCUGGUGAAAAUGGCUGGGAGUGAAUGAGUUAAAAGCCUCUGGAAUCUUUGGCAGGAGUUUUGAGUUAAUUUGUUGAUUCAGAUGAUUAGGUUAGUAGCUUCUUUAGAGUACCUUUUCAUGAUAUGCUAAUUUUUUUAGAUAGGGAUUUUUGUUUUUUCUUGACUUUUCUGCCAAAAUAAUCGAUAUUAAAACAAUAAAAGGCUUGAACUACUUCAAUUGUGUGUAAUGAAUCUAAAAUAUAUGAAAGUCUAAUGUUUAUCGGUACAUUACAGAAAAAAUUGAGCUUGAUCACAAUAUGCUAAUUUUUUUUUAGACAGACCUGUAUAUUCGCUAUUUCCCCCACUUCAAUGUAUCGAAACGGCGCGGUCAAGCUAACAAGUCUUGCACUUUAUAAUGCAGCCAUAACAUCGUGAUCAUGGUGGAACUAACAAAGUGGUUGUCUUUUACAAAUGUUUAAGGGUGGGUGUUGGGGAAUAUAAAAUAACAAGUGCCAUAACUAUAGUCUCUUGUUCCCGAAUUCCUAGUUUAUGCAAGGUGCCGACGUCAAAUAUCGCGUGAUGAUCAGCUGUUACUGCCUUUGUUUUCCCUUGAGGAGACAGCAUCGACAGUCAUUUGCUAAAAUUCGAUGCUAACCCCUCGGGAAUAAUUUACACCUGAAAUGGAACUGUUUUCGAUUCCGUACAGAUCGCUGGAAUCUCACGGGUUGGUUUCUGCGUUUGUGUUACCUGUGUGUGCCUGUUUGUGUGUGCUUGCAUCGGAUUUUUUUUCAAGGCUACGUCCACAUGUAUGCGCGUAUUUUAAUAAUGACGCUGUUACGAUCGCGGUUUUUAAGGGUCAUCUAAGAAUCCGUUGCAGUAGACGAAAUAUCUUAAUUCCCGCCGGCAAUAGAGAGAAACUUAUUUUUGCUAAUUUAACAACUGAAAAAAAUCUGUGUGGACGUAGUCUUUAAUCUCCCUCGAUUGUGCUUUAAAAUGUUACACUGAAGUGAAACUUCCACAAAAAAAAAUUUGUACAAAACCAAAGUCCUGAUCAAAUUGCGUGUUCAUCCAUGUGCGGAUAUUGAGAAUUAAAUUUUAUGAUGACAAUGAUCUGCCAUUGUGGAGUUCUUUUUCAUCCCAACUUCAACAGCACCGCCAUGUUGGAUUUCGCCCAGCGUCUACUCCAGCUCGUCGCUUCAGCCGCGAUGGAUUUUCAUCGUUAGCGACGUCCGCUUUGCACGCGACUGCAGCUGUGGCAAUAAUAAAAAUGAAGUGUCAGUUUACGCUUUUAUGGCGCACAUUAAAAAUGCAGCGACACGCUGCGAGUAGAAAUAAUAAUGAAAUCAUCGGGGACAUUUUGAACGCGGCCAAUCACUGCGUCUUAUAUUAAGAAUAGUAGCCGUUUUUCUUCCUGGUUUAUUGUUGGUAGCAGCUGGUGAAUGACUACUUGGAGACCAAUCAUUGGGAAACUACAUCAUAUGCAAACAAAAUACAAGCUCACUUUUACGAAAGAUUUAGUAGACACUUGACAACACUCAUUAAAAUUAUUUUUUUUACUGUACAGUUUUGCCAGUUACGAGGUAUCGCUUGGUUAUAAUUAUCCUUUUAUAGGGCACUCAGGAGGGAGAAAUGAACAUUUGUGUACAGUGGUAUGAAAAAUAUCUGAACCUUUUGGAAUUU